AUCAGAAGCAACAAUUUCUAAAUAGUUGCGUCCGUGACUAUUAUAUUAAAAUUAUACAAUAAUGAAAUCGUAUGUGAGCGAAACUUCACCUGCCAUACUGUUAAAUAUUUCUCCUUUGUUAUGUUUCUUUUCGAAAAUUUAUAAACUGCAAUCAACAAUAAUAAAUCGUGAUGAUUCUUUUUUCUCAGGGACACUUUCAAUAGAGUUACCUAUCUAUUUACGGAAUUUUAUUGUUUCUUUACGUUGUUAAUUAAUAUUACAGUAGUGAUUGGUGCACAAUGAUUUUAUUAAAAGUGUUGAGCAUAUUAUUCGUUUUUUGUUUUCAAAAAGUUAUUAAUAAUGAUUUCGCAAGUACCUUUUCACAUCCAAGAUGUCGCAGAAGUGUACCUCAUGGUCAAGUAAGUUUUGACCAAUUUAUGCGACAUGAAGAGAUCAACAAUUACAUAAGAUCGCUAGCCUACAGGUAUCCCAAGAUAGUUAAACUAGAACAUCUUGGUAAAUCAUAUGAAGGACGAGAUAUACUUGCCAUUAGGAUAUCAACGGGUAAUUACAAGAAACCAACAAUUUUUAUUGAAGCAGGUAUGCAUGGAAGAGAAUGGAUAGCACCACCUGUAGCUCUAUACGUUAUAUAUCAGUUAAUUGAAGUACCCCAAAAUUACGUUUUAUUUCAGCACGUUAAUUGGGUAAUUGCUCCAAUUAUGAACCCAGAUGGAUACGAAUAUACACAUGAGAAAGAACGAUUUUGGAGAAAAACGAGAUCAAGAGGAAACUCUUGUUAUGGUGUCGAUAUAAAUCGAAACUUCGGUUUUCACUGGAUGGCCACAGGAGCAUCUCAUCUAGAAUGCUCUGAAAUCUAUGGCGGCCCAAAAGCAUUUUCCGAAGUGGAAACUAUUAUCCUAGGAAAUUAUUUAUGGAAUAACAGAAACACUAUAAAAUUGUAUGUAUCCUUACACGGUUACGGUUCUUAUAUUUUAUAUCCAUGGGCUUUCACCACCGCCGUGGCUAAGAAUCAAAACGAACUGCACACAUUGGGAUUAGAAGUCAAUUCAGCUAUAAGUAGAGUGUAUGGCACGCGUUACCAAGUCGGAGCACCGCCUAGAAUUCUUUAUGCCGUAGCAGGAGGUAGUGCAGAUUACGCAAAAGGGGUAGCUGGUAUAGAUUUGGCUUAUACAAUUGAAUUACCCGCUGGAGGGCCUUACAAUUUUGAUCCUCCACCGAGUAAAAUCAGACCCACCGUUCAGGAAACUUGGGAAGGAUUUAAGGUUUUUCAUAGACAUAUUGAAAGGAAACAUGGAAAAGGUUGAAUUCUUUGGUCUUCUUCAUGAUAAAUUCUAAAAUCUCAAAAAUAUAAAUACAAUCAAAAAUCUUUAUUCAGACAGAAUCUAAAGAAGCGAUUGAAGCGAAGUCAUUAAUCCUGGCUAUACUAGGAGAUACCUACAUUCCAUGAUAUGACAAAUGAAAAUUAAAUAAACUGGGUAAUUUUAAUUUAUUAUUUGGUUCAUUUUU